AAUCUGUGGUAUUAUGAAGGGAAUGAAUGAAUGCACCCUCAGUCUUUUAAUUUUCAUGGUUUUUUAGAUUUAUGAAGAAAAUACCAUAAUUUCCAUUGCUAACACGGACAAAAUACUAGUGUUAAGUGUUUUAAAUAAUUAAAUUCAAGAAUAGCUUUUAGUAAAAGUAAAAAUGGCUGAUUUUCUUGAAUCAGAGGCGGAGGAGAGCGAGUUGGAAUCUGAAGAUGACGAACAGCCAACUGAACGCAAAAAAUUGAAACGUAAGGCAGCAGUUCAGAGUGAUGACGAGGAUGAGGAAGAAGAAGAUGAUGAGGAGCGUUUACGCGAGGAGUUAAAGGACUUGAUUGAUGAUGCUCCUAUAGAAGAGUCCGGUAGUGAUGGCGAGGACUCUGAUGCCAGCCUAAGAAAGAAGAGAAAAAAAAGUGAUGAUGAACUGGAUGAUAGAUUAGAAGAUGAGGAUUAUGACUUAAUAGAAGAAAAUUUAGGAGUUAAAGUAGCUAGGAAUAAGUUCAAACGUCUCCGUCGUUUGGAAGAUGAUGAUAGUGACAAUGAAGGCGCUGAUGACCCUGAGUUGGAAAGGGAGGUCAUUGCUGAGAAGUUGUUUGUUGGUGGCUCAGAUGAGGAGGAUGAGAAUCGCUCUGAGUCUGCAGCUCCUAGAGAAGUGGAGUAUGACGAUGAAAAUGAGGAUAUGGAGUCAGACGCUGAUGACUUCAUUGUAGAUGAUGAUGGUAGACCUAUAGCUGAAAGAAAGAAGAAACGCAAACCUAUAUUCACUGAUGCUUCAUUGCAAGAGGGUCAAGAUAUAUUCGGCGUGGACUUUGAUUAUGAUGAAUUUGAAAAAUAUGGUGAUGAGGAUUAUGAGGAUGAGGAAGAGGAAGACCUGGAUGAGUACAUUGAGGAUGAAGAGGAAGGUGGUGGAAAAAGGCCAAAGGGUAAAGCAAAACGCCCUAGUAAGAAGUCUAUAUUUGAGAUUUAUGAACCUAGUGAAUUGAAGAGGAGUCAUUUUACUGAUUUGGAUAAUGAGAUACGAAAAACGGAUGUGCCUGAACGAAUGCAAAUCCGUGAAGUACCGAUAACACCAGUGGAGGAAGGCAGCACAGAGUUAGAGGAUGAAGCCGAAUGGAUAUACAAGCAGGCUUUCCUCAAACCGCCCGUCUCCAAGGCCGAUUCGCAGGAAGCUAGGGAACGGUCGCGCAGGGGCACUAGUACAAUAACAAAAAUCCGUCAAGCAUUGGACUUCAUGAGGAACCAAACAUUGGAGGUGCCGUUUAUUGCAUUCUAUCGCAAGGAGUAUGUACAGCCAGAACUGAGUAUUAAUGACUUGUGGAAAGUCUACAAAUAUGAUGCAAAAUGGUGCCAACUGAAGCAACGUAAAGAGAAUCUUCUCAAAUUAUUGGAGAACAUGCGAGAGUAUCAACUAGAUAAGGUCAUGCAAAAUCCUGAUGCACCCAUACCUGAGAGUAUGAGACUCAUCAAAGAUGAAGAUAUUGAAAGAUUAAAAAACGUGCAGACACCGGAAGAAUUGCGCGACGUACACACGCAUUUCCUGCUGUAUUAUUCCACCGAACUGCCCGAGAUGCAGAGGCUACAACGUAUCAAGGAAAAGAAGAAAGAACUUGACGAGAAAAAAAAACUGGCACGCGAAGAAGCAGAGAAAAAUGGAGUGGAUCCAGAAGAGGCAGUCGCCGAAGUGGAAGCUAGGGCUUUACAGGAAGAGGAGGUAGUCACUGAUGUGAAGUACGCCGUCAGGUCAGGUCCAUAUGAGCUUUGCAGAAAAGCUGGCAUUGAGCCGCUUGUGAAGAAAUUUGGUUUGACCCCGGAGCAGUUUGCUGAGAACGUUCGCGACAAUUACCAGCGGCACGAGGUAGAACAGCAACCUAUACCGCCAUUAGAAGCUGCCGCCGCUUAUGCGGGCGCGACUGGGUCGGCGGCGGAGGUGGUGCGGCGCGCGGUGUACAUGUGCGGCGUGCAGCUGGCGCGCGAGCCGGGGCUGCGCGGCGCGCUGCGGGACGCGCUGCGCGAGCGCGCCACGCUCAGCGUGCGGCCCACGCCGCGCGGCCUCAAGGACAUCGACGAGAACCACCCCUGCUACAGUUUAAAAUACCUCAAGAAGAAGCCGGUGCGCGAUUUAACAGGCGAUCAGUUUCUCAAGUUGACGAUGGCUGCGGAAGACAAGUUGCUGGAGCUAAAUAUCAGUGAACAGAUUGAAGGCAACACCAGUCCCAGUUAUUUAGAGGAGCUUAAACAGCUUUAUCAAAAGGAUGAGUUCGCGUCUACGGUGCAGGCGUGGAACGAGCUCCGCGCGGAGGCGGUCACCAUUGCACUCAACAAAAUCGUUAUGCCAGAGUUGCGACGAGAACUUAACGCCGUGCUGCUGCAGGAGUCCAAGGAAUAUGUGCUCAAAUGCUGUCGUCGACGGCUAUACGAUUGGUUGAAAGUCGCUCCAUACGAGUCCCGGGUGUCCGAUGACGACGAUGAGGAUUGGGACGCCUCUAAUGGGCUGCGUGUGCUGUCGAUCGCGUACGUGCCGGACCGGCAGCACUCUGCGUUCGCGUGCGUGGUGGGCGGCGGCGGCGAGGUGGCCGACCACCUGCGGCUGCCGCACCUGCUCUACCGCCGCAACGCCUGGGACGCGCUCGAGCGCCGCAACAAGGAGGCCGACAUGACCGCGCUCCGACGAUUUAUAUUACACAAAAAGCCCCAUGUAAUCGUGAUAGGCGGCGAGUCUCGCGAGGCGCUCAAUAUAAAGGCAGAUGUGGCGGACUGUGUUCAGCAACUAGUUGAAGAUGAGCAGUUUCCAAGGAUACCUAUAGAAAUAGCUGAUAAUCACAUUAGCAAAAUUUACAGUAAUAGCAUACGCGGCCGGCACGAUUUUAGAGAGUAUCCUGAAGUUCUGCGGCAAGCAAUUUGUCAAGGUCGCCUCUUACAAGAUCCUUUGAUGGAAAUUUCCCAGCUCUGUGGUCCGGAUGAAGAAAUCUUAUGUCUCCGGUAUCACCCAUUGCAGGAUCAAAUAGCGAAGGAGGAUCUACUUGAAGGCGUUGAAUUAGAAUUUGUUAAUCGGGUAAACGAAGUUGGUGUGGAUAUGAACGAAGCGAUACUCACAGGUCGCGGUACCGAGUUGUUGCAAUUUGUUUGCGGUUUAGGACCAAGGAAGGCUCAAGCGCUAAUAAAACUCUUCAAACAGACUAAUCAGAAACUUGAAAAUAGAACACAGCUGGUAACUGUAUGUCAUAUGGGCCCUAAAGUAUUUAUUAAUUGCUCUGGGUUCAUAAAAAUAGACACAAGCAGCCUCGGUGAUAGCACAGAGGCGUAUAUAGAAGUCCUCGAUGGGUCUAGAGUCCAUCCGGAGACGUAUGAAUGGGCUCGCAAGAUGGCGGUCGAUGCGCUCGAGUAUGAAGACGAGGAUGCUAAUCCUGCUGGUGCCGUGGAGGAAAUUUUAGAGGCGCCAGAGAGGCUGAAAGAUUUAGAUUUGGAUGCAUUCGCGGAAGAGUUAGAGCGCCAAGGAUUCGGCAACAAAUGUAUAACGUUGUAUGAUAUUCGAGCAGAAUUAAACUCUAGGUAUAAAGAUUUAAGAGUUCCAUAUCGUUCGCCGACUCCAGAAGAGUUAUUUGAUAUACUGACUAAGGAGUCUCCGGAAAUAUUUUAUGUAGGGAAGAUGGUAUUAGCUACGGUGUUCGGUAUCACGCACAGGAAGCCUCAAAGAGAGAUGCUUGAUCAGGCCAAUCCCGUGAGAAAUGAUGAGACUGGUUUAUGGGAGUGUCCUUUCUGUCACAAGAACGAUUUUCCCGAACUUUCAGAGGUGUGGAAUCACUUCGACGCGGGCGCGUGUCCCGGGCAGGCGACUGGUGUACGGGUGCGGCUCGACAACGGGCUCUCGGGCUACAUACACAUCAAGAACCUGUCCGACCGCCACGUCGCUGACCCCACCGAGCGCGUCCGCCUCGGCCAGACCGUGCACUGCCGCGUGCUCAAGAUCGACGUCGAGAGGUUCUCUGUCGACUGCUCCUCAAAGUCCUCCGACCUACUGGACAAGAAUAAGGAGUGGAGACCUCAAAAAGACCCAUACUAUGAUCAAGAAUCAGAAGACAAGGAUGUGCGUAAGGAUACAGAGGCUAAACAGACUAAAGAACGCAUGCAGUACGUGAAGCGGGUAAUAGUGCACCCCGCCUUCCACAAUAUCUCAUUCGCGGAAGCUGAAAAGUUAAUGGAAAAUAUGGCGCAAGGCGAGGUGAUCGUUCGACCUAGUAGUAAGGGUUCUGAUCAUCUCACUGUAACAUGGAAAGUAGCAGAUGGCAUAUGUCAGCAUAUAGAUGUACGUGAGGAAGGCAAAGAAAACGCAUUCUCAUUAGGUCGAAGCCUAUGGAUUCAGGGAUCUGAAUUUGAAGAUCUCGAUGAAAUCAUCGCGCGCCACGUGACCCCAAUGGCGGGACACGCGCGCGACCUCAUCGCCUACAAGUACUACAAACCUCUGGGCGGCAUGAGGGACAAAGCCGAGGAGCUGCUAAAGGAGGAAAAAGCCAAAAACCCAAACAAAAUUCACUACGUUAUCUCGGCAGCCAAAAAUCACCCGGGACGAUUCCUACUCUCCUAUCUGCCGCGAAGUCGAUGUACGCACGAGUACAUAUCGGUGAUGCCCGACGGGUACAAAUUUAGACAGAGAAUGUUCGACUCUCUCGGAGGGCUACUGAAAUGGUUCAAGGAACACUUCAGGGACCCGCCGCCCAGUGGCACGCCCGUGCAGCGGACACCGGCGCUGCGAACACCGCACGGCGGCAUGACAUCCGCCAUGUACCACACGCCCGCCGCGCACACGCCUGCCUUCCACACACCCGCGCACACGCCUGGGCCCGGCGCCGGCUACAUCAACACUCCCUACACUCCCUCCGCCCAGACACCGUACAUGACACCAUUCGCGACCACGCCCCGCCAGCCGGACUUCCUCGCCCCGAUCGUGCCCAGGCACAAGCCCGUGCAGAUUCCGUACACGGAGCCAUCGGACUGGCAGAAGGCGGCCGAGGACUGGGUGCGGCACCGGACGCUGCGAGAUACGCCCUCGACGCCGCGAAGCAGCGACGCUAUGUCUACGCCGAGGCCGGCUAGUCGAACACCUCGACAGGAUACCCGGUCCGGGAGACACGAGUCUCGGUCUGGACGGCACGACGGGCGACACGAGAGCAGACACGAGAGCCGGCACGAUCCGAACCGGACGCCGCGGCCCGGCUCGGGCAGGUCGUCGCGGGCGCAGUCGGUGCGGUCGACGCCGCACACGAACACGUCGCCGCGGUCCAUGUCGCUAGGCGACGCGACGCCCCUCUACGAUGAGAAUUAGAAAGACUGACGGCUAGCCUAAGGGAUGCUGUAUUUUAUUUUUGUACCGCCUCGGAGUCGACAGUGUUCGACAGGCGACUCGUAAUUGCUAAGUGUAUUCCGCCAGGUUCGUUUAAGCAUAGCUUAAUCUAAGUUGCCUUGUUUAGGGGUUUAUUUUUUAGCCUGUCAACUUCUAAAGCAAACCGUACUCUAGAGAGUAGGCAGUAAGGUAUUUAUCUGUGGACGUGAAAGUCUAGCGAGGUACAGAAGUACGCUUGCUCAUUCCUCGCAAUCCUAUCUAGAAACCAUUGUGGUCAAUUCGUCAUAAUUCAUAUUGGGUUAUUACUGUAUUUUCAACCGUUUUCAAAAAGGAGGUCCUCAAUUCGCUUAUAAUUUUUGUUUGUUUGUUACCUCAUAACUCCAUCAGUUUUGAACCGAAUUUAAAUAUUCUUUUUUAUCUGAAAGGAUAUAUUUACAGAUUGGUCCCAUAGAAAUAUUAUCAAAAUUGGUUAAGUAGUUUAACUUUUAGAGAAAAAUAAUUGGUUUAGUCACAAUUGAAGUCGGUUUUUUGUGGCAUAUGAUAUUUAAUUGCUUAAAAAUACACCCUUUUUACCUUUUCGCUUAAAGUUGACAGGCUAGAUAUUUUACAUGCAUGCGUGUGUGCUCGCAAUCCUAAUAGAUAGUAAUAAUAGUAAUAAAUUAUUAUUAUUAAGUUUAAUAGUCGGGGCAUGAACUGUGGCUCAUUCUCUACCUUUGGAAUUUAAUUAAUUAUGUUGUAAUUAGAACAAUUAAAAUGAAUCCAUAGAUAAGCGGGAGAACUCACAUUAUUAGUUAAUUAAAAAAUAAAAAAAAAAUUAGGCAAUUUCAGUUUUAAAAAUUUUGUAUAUUUAAAAGAAAAAAAUAGAUAUUUAGAAACUUCUCUAUGGUGACUAUUCUCUAUUGCUUUAUGAUAAGCUUUUGUAACAUUUACUUUUCAUUAUGAAAUCACACUUCAGUGCAGUCUAUGUAUGUAUUAUUAGAUAUAUUAUCUAAGUAACUGUGAAUAUGCAUUAUUAUUUAUUUUAUUGAAUAAAUCUAGCCGGAUUGUUCGUAAUUUGUACUACCAACUAUUGGUAGUUCAAUAUUAUUAAAUUUUAAUAAGACUGUGAGGUAAGCGUUAACAUUAUGAUUAUAUUUUCCCAAGGAAUCGAUUAUCAUGUAUUGCGCGUUUGCUACCCAAAAAAAUGAAUUAAGAAAAAAAUAGUAAGUACAUUGUAUAAUAUUAUGUAUAAUUAGAGUACCUAACGCCUGAAUCAUGUACGCAGUACUAAGUAUAAGUGCAUUUCUAUCUUAUUAUUGAACAAUAUUAUAGAAUGUAUAUGAGAUUGAACGGUUAAAUGUUUUUUUUUAAAUAAAGUAUGUAAAAAGAAACUUAAUAUUAACUAAAUAUGCUAAAUGGAACUAGUUAUGCAGAAAGCAGCCUCCUAUUGCCUAUAGGUGGUUGUAUUCAACCGACUUCAAAAAGAGGAGGUUCUCAAUUCGAAUGUAUGUUAUUUUUUUUUAAUGUUUGUUACCUCAUAACGUCGUCAGUUUUACACUUAUUCAGAGAAUUAAUUUUAUCUGAAAGUAUACACUUACAGAUGGGUCCCGUGAAAAUUUUAUUAAAAUCGGUUCAGCAGUUUAGUUUUUAAAUCAAAAUAAUUGGUUUUGCCGCAAUUGGAGUCUUUUUUUUUGUAGAACACGAUCUUAAUUAUUUGAUAAUAAGUUCCAAAUAUAAAAAUAUAAUACUUUCUAAUAAUAAAUAUUUAUUUCAAAACUUCAAAAAGAAGAGGUUUUCAAUUUGCUCUUUUUUUAUAUUUGUUACGUCAUCACUCUGUCAUUUCUAAACCGAUCUGGAAAAUCUUUUCUUUUUUUUUUAUCUAAAAAAAUAUACUUACAGAUUGGUCCCAUAGAAAUUGUAUCAAAAUCCGUUUAGUACUUUAGUACAGAUUAGUCACAUUUGUAGUUUUGUUUGUGGGACAAUCUUAUUGACUACAAAUUAUCUAUGCUAUCUUGGUUGCUACAAAUUAUCUGUGCUUCAAACUAUAAUGACUCUGUAUAUAUAUGUAGUACUGCGACGGGCUGGUAUAUAAGAAAGUAUAUGGUUGUAUUGUUGUAUCAUUACAAAAUUUGUCGCUUCUCUGAAAACGGUGACACAUGUUUUGUAUUUAGUUUUGUUUAAUGUAACAGAUGCGAAAUAUGCCUUUGCGGAUGGCUAGUGAAUUGACCAGCUAAUCUAUAGUAUACACACGGCCAUUCUUUUUAAUACACUACAAUAAAAGUUAAGACCAUCAA